AUGGAGUGUCAAAUUGAGAUUAGGCUCAAAAACGAGCUCAGAAGAAACUUGCACCCUUCGACUGCUUACGUUGGCUUCAAACAAGUGGCUGAUCGUGACUUGUUUCGUUUCAUAGGAACAAUCAUUGGGCCUUCUGAUACUCCAUACGAGGGUGGUGUCUUCUCACUCUCGAUCAAAAUCCCUCACACUUACCCUAUGACCCCUCCCAAAAUCACUUUCCUUACCAAGGUUUUUCAUCCAAACAUAACUGAAGAUGGGAUAAUCCAUGUUGAUGUGUUAGGAGACAAUUGGCUUCCUACUUUGACUAUUGAAAAAAUGUUGCUAUCUAUAUGCUCAUUCCUUGAUGAUCCAAAUCCAGAAGACCCUCUCAACCCCAUCUGCUGUUUGUACCGGAAUCAUAGAGAAACUUACAUAAAAAAAGCAAGAGAAUGGACUAAAAAGUAUGCCAUGUCUUAUUAG